AUCCGGUGGGCGUAUCACUGACACCACGUGACCCCGACUAUAGGGAAGCUGUGUCUGGGACACGUGACUGCGGCCUCUGCACCCGCUGCUGCCCCAGCUGUGAGGCGUCCCGCCCAGGCCCGGGGCAGUGGUCAAGAGGAGCGGCUCGGCGCCGGUCCAGCCUGCAGGGUCUCGGGAUAUCCCGCCGCACACUGCAGCUACCAGAGUGUGCAGGCAGCAAUGAAGUCGCGCGCCGUGCUGCUCCUGCUGGCGACCGCCGCCAUCACACUGCCGGGAGCAGCCGAUGGCAAAGUAGCCGCCGUCGCCAAGGGUCUGAAAACAGCACUAGACAUUAUCGGAAAACUGGUGGGCAUUGGGAGCACGCUAUCCAGUCUGACCGGCGGCAACAAGCAUCAGGAGCUGCUACGACACUUCGACAACAUUUCUCGGGACCUCAAGUUCGACGUGAAUUUGGUGAUGACGGCGCUGCGAGACUUGGAGUCGGUCGGUCUCCGGGUCAGCUGGGAGCUCACCGUGGAGACGCUGGAAGAGCUGCUGAUGGACGUCAACAGCAACUACGACCGAUUCCUGUUGUAUCAGAGGAACGCCAGCACUGUGGAGAACUCGACGCUGCUGGAUUUUGCCAACAACGCGGUGUCCCACGCUCCUCGCUCGCUACAGACGACAAUGUACAGACUCCGGGACGUAGUACUGGAGACUCGCACACCCCUGUGGUCUAGCAAGGCAGCACCUUUCGUCACUAAAGGUGGCGGAUGGACCACCAUUAGAAAUGGCCGACAAAGGCGAUACACCAUCAAGCAGGGCCUCUUCAGGCAAUUUCAGUCUGUAGUAGAGGCGUCUCGUGGCACGGUGUGCCGAUUGGGGACGUCCCCUCAGCAGAUGGCCUACCACCUCUACCACAUGGUGACCACCGUACUCGCCAGAGACUACGUGAUGACCCAGUUUGCCUAUAUGCUGCUUCGACUCUUUGAUAAAGGCUCGUUUGUGGUCGAAGCACAGCAUUUCACCGACACCUACAAGGCCACCUCUGCCAAACUGGCGGAGGAGGUCAGCCUGGCGCUGCGGCACCUGGACUCGCCGUUCUGGCGCUGCGACCCUGCACCGCACCAGCGCGGCGCCACCUUCGAGGAGGUCACCGCGCUGCUCCAGGGCUACUUGGAGAACGAAAAGUAUCUAAACAGAAAGGCAGACUGGUCGCGGUGUUGGAUCUGCAACACAGUGUGCUCCGACUUCGACAUCACGAGUUCAAAGUGCACUGAUAGUUGCUCUUCAUCGUACAAGCUUUGCAAGAAACGGCCCUGCCGCGGUACACUGCACGACUGUCGCUAUGUCAUGUCGGCGGCCACGCUGUGCAACGCGGACCCCAACACGGGCCGACGGUACAACUGGAUCCAGGACUCGGACGGCCGCAUCUACGGACGGAAGGAGGACAGCGCACUGGGCAGCUGUAUCGACACAUCCGAGGUGUGGGACUUAUGGGGCUUGUUCGUGCACUGUUCAACAUGCUUCUGCCUGUGCGAUGAAGACACGGACUCGGCUCGCUACUUCAGCCUGCUGCCCGCAACGGCCGACGUCGCCCAGAACAAGAUCGUCACAGGGGUCAGGCUCGUCAAGCUGGACAACGUGUUCUACAUCCAGCUGGAGCAGGCUGAGGCCGCUGCGGAUGGGUACGUCAACUCGUCCACCACCCAGUGGCAGCCGAUCGCGCGGCGUAUCGACACCGACCGGGACGAGGAAGGUCGCGACUACGUGCGACUCUCCUACUCCCAGCGCAGUGUGCUGCUGCAGGAGUUGCGAGGACAGGAGAACCAGGUGCUCACCGGAGCGGCCUUCCACAUCGUCGGCGGCCAUCUGACCGUCCGCGCUCAGGUGACAAACAUCUCCGAGACGGGCGCGCUCGUGGCCUCCUCCAGCGGCUGGCUGGAUGGCCACCCUCCGGCCGUCGGCGUGUCCCGGCUCAAACUGCGCUCAGGACCCGUGCCGUCCACCCACUCGGCGGCGCCCAGCUGGCCCGACAGCCGGCCCGGCAUGCAGACUGUCCAAUUCGAGGCCAGCAACCUGGACGCGGACGCGGCGCAAUCGACGCUGCCGUUCCUGGACACUCAGCCGGUGGCGCCGCGGCCGGCCGGCUGGCUCUCGGGGCUCGGACUGUACCACAAGGGCGACACGGCCGGCGGCUACGGCGGCUACCUGGGCCUCAGCGUCCGAGGGCCGACAUUCGGGUGAUCGGUCCGGGAAGCGAACAACUGGGACUGUGUCACCGGCCGGCAGACUGGGUGCUAGAGACUGAGCUAGAGACUGAGCUAGAGCUUCGCGAAAAAAAAAACGAGCGUGCUGCCCGUAACGAGAGAAGCCGAUGAUACCCGAUUUUAAGGUUCCAGCGAUAUUCACCCAUGUUAGCCAAUAUUAACCGAUGUUUACCGAUGCUUGCUAAUACUGAAUGAUGGCAACCGAUGUUUGAGGAGAAACAAUGAUGUUAAAGGAAAUAUACCUAUCAUUUUUAA